GCACAGAGGCGCUCUCGCCUCCCCCGGUCCCUCCCCGGGGCGGGGCGGUCGCUCCCCGCCGGUGCCGGUGCCGGUGCCGCUCGGCAUGUGGGGCCGGUGCCGCCGCCCGCCCGCCGCGCUCGGGCUGUGCCUGAGCCUCUGCUGCCUCCUGCCCGCCCAAGCCUGGCGCCCCGCCCGCGGCAACUGGUGCUCCUACACGGUGACACGGACGGUGUCGUGCCAUGUCCAGAACGGCACCUUCCUCCAGAGGGUCUUCCAGGGCUGCCGCUGGCCCCUGGCCUGCAGCGGGGGCAGCAGCUACCGCACCGUGGUCCGACCCCUCUACCGGGUGACCUACAAGACACUCACGGCGCUGGAGUGGAGGUGCUGCCCCGGGCACGCUGGGGCCAACUGUGAGGAAGAGCCCCCCAGCUUCCUCGCCCUGCGGGAUGCAGGGCACCCCAGCCCUGCCCCACGCCGGCCCCCACUGCGCCCCACGGCUUUCUCAGGGUGCCUGAACUGCAGCCAUGUCGAGGAGCUGACAGCCCGUCUCACCACCCUGGAGGCACAGGUGGCCCGGCUGGCGGUGGCUGAACCCCCCGUCUCCUCAGGCAGGGGUACGGAAAGCGGGAAUCUUUGGGGCGCCCCAGCUGCCCGCGGCAGCCCCGGUGGGGAUGGGCGCCCCAGCUGGAGGGGCCCCCCUGGCCCUUCGGGGGACACAAGAGGACGGGGUCCAUCGGGCGUCCCCGGGCUGCGGGGUCCAGCGGGGCCACCAGGCCCUCCCGGCCCCCCAGGACCCCCUGGCCGGGAUGGAGAAAGGGGUGACCCCGGAGAGAAGGGGUUACCGGGGCCACCUGGACCCCCCGGCCCCCCCGCCCCUGUGGGGCCAGUGAUAGCCCGGAGCGCCGAGCCCAGGGACCCCAUCCUCUCCAACACUGUCACCGAAGCAGCCGGGGGCAUCGUGGGUCCCGCUGGCCCCCCUGGACCCAUGGGGCCAAUGGGUCCCCCCGGCCCCCCAGGGCCCAUCGGUCCCCCUGGCCCCCCAGGACCUGACGGCCAAGCUGGGGCACCUGGAGCUGCCGGCCCCCCCGGGGACAAGGGAGACAGGGGCGAGCCUGGCCCCAGGGGCGAGAGGGGCGCUUGGGGACCUCUUGAGGGCCACCAGGGCACCCAUGGCUGGGCACCCCAGGAUCCUCCCCUUGGGCAGGGACCCCCCUGGACCCUGUCCACCUUGGGGAAAAGGAGGUGGCCUCCCAUGUGUCCAGGGGCCUGGUGCACUGGGGGACGUGUCUGUGUUCCCACCGAGGACAUGCCCAGUGCUGCUGGGGACAUCAAGGAACCCCCAACUAUCCCCUGGACCCAUGCGGAUGGAGGAGCCCCUCACAUCCCCCUGGGGCCAUGGGAGCUCCCGAAAUGGGGGGAGCACCUUCCUGGGAGACCUGGCACCCCUUGCCUGCUGGCGCUGCACCCACGCUCUGCCACCCAUGCCGUGCCACCAUGCCAUGCUCUACCACCCACGCCACGCUCUGCCACCCGUGCCGUGCCCGCGAACGCGUGCUCUGCUCUGCUCUGCUCUCUCACUCUCCCCCAGGCCAGUAGCUUCCAAACCCUCCUGUGGCUGCAGGCCCGGCUGGAGGUCCUGGCUAGAAGGGUCACCUUGCUGGAAGCCAUCAUCUGGCCAGAAUCGGAGCCCGGCUCAGGCAGCGACCCCCCCAGCGCAGCGGCCGCUGGACCCCCCCGCAGCAAGCGUGGCAGCCGCCAGACCCCCUACCGCAUCGUCACCCCCCAUCGGGGACCCCCUCGCAUGCAGUGACAGAGCCUGGAGGAGGGGGGCACUCACUGUCCCAACCCCCCUGAGACCCCGUGACAGAGUCGUGGGGUCACACACCGUCACCCCCCAAGCCUUGGGGAGGGCACCCACUGUCACACCCCCAUGCCUGCCACCGUGCAUUGGCAUUGCCUUGGGGGGGAGGGGGGUAGGACUGUGGUCCCCCCCGUGUCCCCCAGCCCCUCAGGACACUUGGUGCUAGCUGGUGGCACGGCACCAGCCGCCCCCCCCCCCCUCGCUUUGUCCCCCACCACUGCUGCUUGACCCCUCCCUGGGAGUGCAAAGGUGGUGUCAGCCCCUCCUCACCCCAUUUCUGCCCCCACCAGUGCUGGGGGUGCGUAAAUCCUCCCCCAGCUCCAGCCCCAGGGCCAGGGAAGGGGCUUUAGGGGGGACACAGAAAUGGGGACCCCCCCCGGUGGAGACCCCGCUGUGCUGCGUGCUUUG